UUUUUGUUUGUUUACAAACUCUUAAAGUAUAUGUCUAAUCUAAACACAUUACUAAACACUAUUAUAAUUUUGACAAUCACUAUUUCUAUGGCCUGAUAUUAUUUUAUUAUUGAUUGAACAACAAUACUUGAAUAUUUUUAAAAGUGUAAAACAAUAAAUAUUUGUGCAACAAUUUGUAGGAUUAUUAUUUAAAAGAAAUGGUGUAACAACAAACAACUGAUGGUGUUAUCAUAAUAAAUUAAUAAAAUAAAUCAGAAUAAUUACCUCAGUGCCUAACAUAAUAAUAAUAAUAAUAUAAAUAAAAUGAGAAAAUAUCAUCAGGCAGCAUUGACAUUAACUGCAGCAUUUAGUUUGAUUGCAUUAAUGUUUUACAGACACGAAUACAACAAGCUGAGAUUUGUACUUCAAGUAUUUAAUUAUUUUGGUAAACCAAUGAAAAAUGGUUAUUAUUAUGAUAAUUGUACAUCAAAUAUGCCAAUAUCAAUGAGAUUAAAUAGUGAUUAUUCAGAGCCAAUAUCAUCAUGGCAAAGAUUAUCUGAUAAUUUUUAUGUUUAUUCAUCAUACAGAGUUAAUGAUUAUGAAAUUAAAACAAUAGCAUUUGGUGAAGAUACUGAUAUUAUUAAUUAUUCAUGUAAAAUAUACAUUGAUGAUGAUGAUGAUAAUAAUGGUGGUGGUAAUUAUAAUAAUGAAAAUAAUAAUAAUAACAACAUUGUCAGUGUACCUGGUGAUUUUUCAUAUGUUGUUAUGGAUAGUACACAUCAGCCACAAAGCACAAAUGAUGUUUAUGAAGGUGACAAAACAUAUUCUGGUUUUAUAUUAACAUGCAAAUGUCAAAUGGCCAUUGACAAUGAUAAACAAGUAAUUGGUGUUGAGUAUUCAUCAUCACCAUCAACAGCAACAAACAAUGAUGAGUAUAUUUAUCAAAGUGUUCAUACAAUAAUUGAUGAUAAUAAUAAUAAUAAUAAUAAAAGUGCCAUGGCAAUAUGCAUUACACCAUACAACUCAAACUCAAAUAAUUUACCAAAAAGAAUGGACAUGAUUAGUUAUUUGUCAUUUAAUCAUUAUAUUGGAUUAAAUAAUUUUAUAAUUUAUAAUUCAGAUAUAAUAUCUCAUGUGUUUAAUAAUGGUCUCAAAGCAUUGGCAGCUUUAACAAGUAAUAGUAAUAAUAGCUUUACAUAUACAACAGUAACAUGGAAUUUUCCAUAUAAAAAUAUGCCAAGUUUUAUUUUACGUAAAAUAAUUGAAACUGAUUGCAUUUAUCGUUCAUACAAUAAGGCUGCAUUUUCCAUGACUUUUGAAUGGAAUGAAUAUCUUAAUUUAAAUCAUCAUUCAUCAUUUUUAAAUCUUUUAUCAAAUAUUGAUAAAAGUGUAUUUUUUGGUACAACUGAGGCUGCUGACACAACAAUACUUGGAAAUAAUAAAAAUAUUGAUAGAUAUGAAAUAAAUGUUGUGACAUAUUGCACAGACAUGGCAUCUCAUGAUUCAUUUAAUAAUACAACUCCAAUAAUAUUACGAGCAACACGUAGACUUGUAAAUAAUAAAUUUACUCAACAAAGAUUUGUUUAUAAAUUAAUAAACAAUAUUAAUAAUAUUGCUGAUAACAAAUUAAUAACAAAAGAUAAUAUGAAUGAUUUUGUUGUUAUAAAUAAAUAUGAAAAAUGUUUCAUCGAUGAUAAAAAUAAAAAUCAGCUAUUUGAAAAUGGCCUUUUAAAAUUUGCUGAAUUUAUGACAAAUUCUCAAAUAUUCCAAUAUUACAUUAGUGGUAAAUUAUUUUAUUAGCUCGUAAACACACACACACAAUCUGCUGAUGUACGAACAAUAAAUAACAAGUAUAAUUUUUAUAACCAUUGUGUAUCUCAUUAUUGUUGUUUUAUAAUAAAAAAUAAAAAAAAAAAUAAACAAA